UCGUCACGGUCCGGUCUUAGGCUGCGCUGGUAUAAUUUAAGGGCUGAAUAGGAAACAUCUUUUAUCCCCGUUGCUGAACGGUAUUUUAAAAAUCCCAACCGAGACCGAGAUAUCCGUGAAAGUAUAGUUUCAUACUGAAACCAUAGCUGUCAUAGGCCAAGAACUGGGGAGCGAGACUAACGAGGAAGGAAGUGAUACUCGCCACAAAUGUUUCUGGUAUAACGGCAGGCACGCAACUUUCUGGAUUGCUCAUAACAGAUGUAAGGCUUCGGUCGUCUCGGAUUUGGGGGAAAAGGGCACAAAUGGAUCGCUUAGGGCCAAACAGCACCCUGUGAUACCGGGCAGAGUGAGCGCGGCGGGACUUCCUAUUUCUCCACAGCACCGUGCGGGCGAAGCGCCGGGAGAAACCAGACUUUGGAAGAGAACCGAUACAGCUCGCCGCCGAGAAAAGUGGUCCUGCAACUAAAGCCAGGGCUACCUGAGGCAAUUAUCUUUUUCCAAACCCUGGCAAUGCAAACGACGACUGAAUCGCUCGUUAAUAAUUCAGGGAUUAGUGUAUUCUCUGAAGAUGAGAACAUCGUGCAGAAUCACAAAGUUGAUUCAAGAUUUGGAGACCUUGGGUUCAGAGUGGCUGUGAUUGCUUCCAUUAUCAGCACAGCUGUGAUUCUAUUGAUGGGCAUGGCUUUCUUAACCAAUUGCCUUAUCAAAUGUGUGAAGAAGAAGGAAAGGAGGAAGCAACAGAGAGAUUUACAAACAUGGUAUCAAAUUGAAUGUAAUGUAAUGGAAGAUUCAAGAAGCUUUUACCAUGGGUAUAAAGGCAGAAACAAUAACAACAAUAAACUCAGGAACAACAUAUUAAUUGAAGAAAUUGGAGAGAGCAAAGGAUUGUACAGAUCAAGGAUGCCAUGGACCAAUACUAUUAAGCAGAGGGUCUGUGGACCAAGGUUGGGAACCCCUGCUUUAGGUGCCAAAAGAAGCUUUCAAAGGAUUUGGAAGUCGUACUGAAUUGCAGUGAAAAUGCAACACAAGUAAUUUUUCAUCCAUGGGACGUAGAGGUUUCCAGAUCUGCCGAUUCUCGGAUUUUAUUAGAUUCCGUGACUGAUGAGCACAUUGUUCAAACACCUGAGUAUCAUCAAUCUCGAGACAAAUCUGAACACUAUAUUCCGACACAUCACACUUGACACUGGAGCCAUUGCAUCUGCUGGAAAAGUACUUGACUGAGCAAAAAAUGCUGCAGGAAAUAACCAGCUUGGGAAUGACAUGUGCCUUACAAUUUGCAGGACUGCAGACCUGUGGUUUUAUUAAAAGUUUUACUGACAAAGCGUUUGUAUUAAAGCAAGUGUUCACUAUUGAUAACCUCCCAUUUCAAUGAUUUAAUCAACGAUAAAGGACAAAACAUUGCUCUGGCAUUAAUUAUUCAGUUGUUCGAGUGCAGUAUAUGAAGUACCUAAGUUGCAGUGUAUCCUACUGCAGCUGAAAAGCAGGUGUGCCUGCCCUAAAGGCUGCACGUCAAAUUUAAAAGCAGAAUGAUAACUUUUCAUUUUUGUUGCCGUUUUUGCAGAAGCAGAUAUCCAAAAUAAUAUUUCCAGCCAUUAUUAUGGUGGCAAUUUCAAGACUUGCGUAUUUCUAGAGUCACAUAUCACUGCUUUUCACCUCAAGAUUUAUGCACCCAGCCACUCUAUAGUUGAGAUAAAUAUUGAAGUGAAAGCAGGUAAUUUAAUCCUAUUGUUUGGUGAUGUGGUUCAAUUCUCACUGGGUUAACUGUAAACAAUAAACUAGUGUACAAGGUUACCUACAAGUCGCAAUUUGAAAGGAGCUCUACAUGAUCACACUCAUACAUGUUCAGCAUCUGUCAAGGUAUCAGAGCGACUUUUCAUUUUGCCCAUGGGAUUUCAGUAACUUCUGGAAUGAUCUGUACAGAUUUUGUGAAAGCUUGAUUGCUAGGCCGGAUUGUUGAACCUGCCUGAUUAAACUUUGUUAUGACAAUAUUCAGUACCAGUUGUGUUCU